AUGAUUAUAUUAAGGGCUAGUUUUUAAUUUGCAAGGAGAGUCAAAUAAUUAAAAACAUCUUUGAUAAAUGAUGAAAAAAAAUAGGAUAUUGACAAAAUAUCUGAAGGAUUUAAAGAAUCAAAGAAAGGAGAUGACAAAGAGGAAAUCAAAUAAAAUUAAUAAAAUUUAGAUAAUGUAUAAAAGAAGGUGUUUGAGAAAAAGUUUAUAAAAUCUUCAGAAUUUUUAAUGGCAUGUAGUCAUUAACCAGCUCUUUCUUUACCAGAAGAGAUUUUAAAGAAAGCUAGAAAAGUAUUUUCAAAAUAUCCACCUGAUGAAUUAAGAGAGGCCUCAUAUAAAUAUAUGAGAAUGUAUUAAUUAUUACACGCUUUAGAGAAACCUUUAUCUAUAACAAUAAAAAGAAAUAAUUUAUUUGAGAAUCCAGAAAAUUUAUAAAAAUUAACAGAAAAAAAAGUCAUACAUUUAUAUAAAAAAGGAACAAGUGAAUAAGAAUUAUUGGAUAAGAUAUUUGAGAGAAGAUAAAAAAAAGAUUUAAGUUUAGAUAGAUUAAAUAGCGCUGAAUAAAAAUUAGAAGAAUUUCAUAAUUUUGCAUCAGCAAUAGAUUAUGAUUAAAUAUUGACAGUUUCUUACUUCUUAAGAAAAGUACCAGGAUCUUUUGCAGUAAGUUAAAAAAUAAUGCAAGAAAUAUAAAAGAGAAAUCCAAAUUUUAAUCCAUAAUCAAUGCUUGAUUAUGGAAGUGGAAUAGGAACUUGGGCAUGGAGUUUUAAAAAAUUAUAUCCAGAUGUUAAAAAUAUAGUUUGUGUUGAACCAAAUUUGUAUAUGAGAAAAUUAGGAAAAUUUGUUUCAUAAGAUUAUAUAAAAGAUAUAAAAUUUUAUGAAAGUUUAUCACAUACAUUGGAACUCAGUUAUGAUUAUUUUGAUUUUAUAAGUAUAGCAUUUGUAUUAGAGGAAAUAAAUCAUCCAGAAGCAAGAUUUUUAGCAUUAUAAUCUUUAUGGGCUAAAUUAUCAGAAAAUGGAAUUAUGAUUUUAGCAUGUCCUGGAUCUCCAACAGGAUUUCGUUUUAUUAAUGAUUUCAGAGAAUGGAUUUUAAAGUAAAAAGGUUUUAUUGUUGCACCUUGUUAACAUUAAUAAACAUGUCCUAUGGCAAAAGAAGGAUUUUAAUGGUGCCACUUUAAAUAAAUGUUUACUGCUUGGCCUAAAGAUGGUAUUCUUAUUAUAUAAUUAAGAGUAUUUCCAAAGUAUAUUUAUGAAAAUACUGCAGUGACAGAAAAAUUUUCAUAUUUAGCUGUUUCCAAGAAAAAUUGGAUUUAAGAAGGAUAAGAAUGGCCAAGAAUUACAUUUGAUCCUUUAAAAAGAGGAAAACAUUUAAUACUUGAUAUGUGUACAGAAUAAGGAAAAUUAGAAAGGUAUCAAAUUAAUUUAUUAAUUUAGACGUAUUAUAGCUAAAUCACAUGGAAAAGAAGGUGGAUAUUAUGAAGCAAAACAUUUAAAUGGAGGAGAUUUAUGGAGAUUUCCUAAAUUACCUCCAUCAAAGGUGGGAAAAAAGAGAAGAAAGCAACCAGUUAAAAUCCUAUGAA